AUGAAGAAGAGUUAUUAAUUUAGAGCUUUAUUUUAUAAAAAUGCUGCUCUGUAAUCCCGCUAGAUUGGGACCAAUCUAUGUUAGAUGUUCACUCCCCUCUUGUGUUUAGGAUUUGUAUAUUUGAUUUAGGAGGUGGCAUUCGAUCAAUUCAAAGGAGCCAAUUUUUCAUUGGAUUUUCCCUAUUUGUUCAAUGUGCCUGUCAUCUACUCGGGAUUGCCAGGAUUACUCAAUUUGACAUGUUUGCAGUGGUACGAAACGAUACUCUAUUCUAGGUAUUACUUCAACAGCUCCCAGUUGCGAGAAUAGGACAAAUAGUUUUUGGGUUAUAAUGAUGGAAAUUAGUAAGCAUUGUGCAUAUUAAAUUAAGAUCGCUUGGAUUGUUGAGACACAUACUCCAACGCCCGGGAUGCAGUUACGAAACGCAAGACCAUGAAUUAGCAUUUAAAAACGUGCCAUUCCUAUAGUAGCCCAAUAGCACAAUAAAUUAGGAUAUUUAUCAUCAAAUAGAAUAUUUACACACUGUGCCUUUUGUGAGAGGAUCCGAUCUACAAGGUACACACGUUAUAUUACCUCUCAGACCUCUAUUUGAUUCCUGAUGGAGCAUACACGUUCUUCGAAGCUAACGAAAAGAAAAUCAACAUGAGCAUCCAAGUAAAUGACAUCAGAUUGCACGAGUAUCACAGAAGCAACGGCAUAACCAAGAUCAGGUAAUCCCCAUUCAACCAAUCCGUCUAGGUAUCAAAAUAAGGUCUAGCCCAACAAAACCAACACCAUGAUGUUAGUGGCCGAAGGAUAAAUAGCUACCAUCGAUCUCAUCUCCAGAGCUUUGCUGCAUCAUCACAACCCCAAUGUUUGGCUGGUCUCAGGAAUUGAAUACAUGCCACUCAAGGGACAGGAUAAAAGCUUCCUCUUGAAAUUGAUCAAUGUCGUCGGAGCCAUGCUCUAUCCGUUGUCACUUUCUCUCUUACUCCCUGUAUUUUUGUAUGCAAUAGUUCUGGAGAAGGAGGAGAGACUCUUGCAAAUGAUGAAAAUGAAUGGAAUGAAAAUGAAGGAUUAUUGGAUAUUGUAGUAUCUAUUCUCAGGAUUGAUGACUCUAUUGACCUUCUCCCUCUUUCUCUUUACAGGCAUCUACCUUGUAGGAAUAGCAUUACUUACAGAUACCAAUCUUAAACUUCUGGUAAUCAUUUUCAAUAUCCCAUUAGAUCAUUGUCUUAACUGGAUGGGGAUUGUGUUAGAUUUCUUUGUCAUUUUUCUUCUAAGUCUUUGUAAGCAAAGCCAGAACAGCUACCAUUAUUGGAUAUUUGCUCUCAGUUUGGGGGUCCAUUAUUGCACUAACUGCCAAUCUCGCCAUUUACCCAGAUCCAUAUGAGAUACCAAUCUAUUUAUAAAUGAUACCACAAAUAGCCUUUAACAGAAUUAUUUACAUAUUCUCCAUGGGUACGUCUACACAUUAUUAUUUUCAGCUUGUGCUCAAACAGGCUGUAUAAGUUAAUUAAGUCCAUUGACUAGUGAGGUAUAAGGAUGCAUAAUUUCACUCUAUGUGAAUUUCAUUGUGUUUGGCCUUCUGGGUGUUUAUCUUCAUGAGAUAAUUCCACAAGAAUUUGGAGUUUCAAGUGAACCCUGGAUUUUCAGACUCUUCAAAAAGAAAAAAAUAGAAUUCAGAGACGAGGAUGAAUACAAAAUUAAUAUUCAAGAUGCUCAAGAAGAUUAGGACUCUAAAAAUGAAAGGGACAAGGUGUACAGAAUCAAAAAUUAUGAGGAUUAUCCACUCAUUUGUAAAGACCUAAGGAAAACCUAUUAAAAUAAUGUGGCUGUUAAAUGUUUUUGUAUUGCAGUUGAAUAAGGUGAAAUCUUUGGAUUGUUGGGUCCAAAUGGAGCUGGGAAGACCUCAAUCUUAUCAGCCAUAACUGGAUUGUAUCCAUGUAACGAUGGAGAGGCUUAUGUGGGUGGAUAUAGCAUUAAAACUAAUAUGCAAUCUGUUCAAAUGAAUAUUGGGGUAUGUCCUUAAUUUGAUUUAUUAUGGCCAGAAUUGACUGUUGAAGAACACUUAUUGUUUUAUGCUAGAUUAAAAGGAAUAGACAAACAGAACGAGCGUGCCAAAGUGCAAUAGAGCAUGGCAGAAGUCAAAUUAGAACCUUAUUUCAACUAUUAUGCUAAUCAACUUUCAGGAGGCAUGAAGAGGAGACUCUCAAUCGCUAUUGCACUUGUAGGUGAGCCAUUGAUAAUCUUCUUGGAUGAACCCUCAACUGGACUAGAUCCUGAUAACAGGAGGUAACUUUGGGACAUUAUAUCUCAUUGUAAAGGCAAGAGGGCUAUGGUGCUGACUACUCACUCAAUGGAAGAAGCAGAUGUCCUUUGUACCAGAGUAAUUAUAUCGGUCUAUUGUAGAUUGGCAUCAUAAGUUCCGGAGUCCUAAGGUGUAUUGGUUAAUCAACACAUUUGAAGAGUAUCUAUGGAGGUGGUUAUCAUCUGUUUAUUAGUUCCCAUAAGGAACUUUAUCUGCAAAAGAAUAAUGAUCCUCAUAAGUAAUUACAUCAUUUUAGUUUAGCCAAUACUAUUAUUAAAAUAUGAUAAAAAACUAUUUAAAAAGUAUCUUACCCCAAGCCAUCCUUGUUUAGGAAUUUAACGGCAAUUUCAUCUAUCAGGUGGAGAAAAAUCAAUUAGUGGUUUCUGAAGUGUUUCAAUCCAUAGAAUCAAAGAAAGAAGAACUGAGAAUCCAAGAUUGGGGAAUUAGCUAAGCUACUUUGGAGGACGUAUUUAUGAGAGUUGUAGAAAUGUGA